UCUCUCCCUGACUCCCCCUGCAGAGUACCUGAACUAUGAAGAUGGGAAGUUCUCUAAGAGCCGUGGUAUUGGUGUGUUUGGCGACAUGGCGAAGGAGACGGGGAUCCCCGUUGAUAUCUGGAGGUUUUACCUGCUCUACGUUCGCCCCGAGGGUCAGGAUAGCAGCUUCUCCUGGAGCGACCUGAUGCUGAAGAACAACUCCGAGCUCCUCAAUAACCUGGGCAACUUCGUCAACAGGGCUGGGAUGUUUGUCAGUAAAUUCUUUGAGAGCACGGUGCCCGAGAUGGACCUGAACCUGGAGGACAAGUGGCUGCUGGCUCAGAUCUCCUGGGAGCUACAACAGUACAACAGGCUGUUAGAGAAAGUACGAAUUCGAGAUGCUCUGAGAUGUGUGCUGAACAUUUCGCGAUACGGGAACCAGUACAUCCAAAUCAACGAGCCCUGGAAACGAAUCAAAGGAAGUGACACAGAACGGAAGCGAGCGGGCACAGUGACUGGGGUGGCCGUGAACGUAGCCUGCCUGCUCUCUGUCAUGCUGCUGCCCUACAUGCCGACCGUCAGCGCUGCCAUCCAGAGGCAGCUCCAGGCGCCAGAGCAAUGCAACUCGCUGACUGACCGCUUUGUCUGCGUGCUGCGCGCCGGGCACCGCAUUGGCACGGUCAGCCCGCUGUUCGAAAAGCUAGAACCGGGUCGGAUCGAGGAGUUAAGGAACAAAUACCGAGGUCAGAAGGUGUCCGCAGAGGCCAGACCUGACCCCGGGGAGAGAGAGAGCCCCGUUCUCCCCCAGGAUCUCCGGGAGCUGGUGACCAAGCAGGGUAACCGGGUGCGGGAUCUGAAGGCGCGGAAAGCGGAGAAGGCGCUCAUCGACGCGGAGGUCUCCGCCUUGCUGGACUUGAAAAGGAGGUUGCAGCAAGCAGAAAGGAAGGUGGGUGGGGGUGGAGAAGUGACGUGGCCAUGAUUCCUUACCCCUCCUCCACCACGGCCCACCUCCUGUUCCCAUCUUGACCACGAGCUGUGCGACUCUCUCUCUCUCUCUCUCUCUCUCUCUUUGCCCUCUGCUCCGGGCACAGUCCGAUCCCACCGCACGCUGGCCCGUCCCGGUCCAGUCCACGGGAGGAGGAGCCGGGUGUGAGUGUGUUUGAAAACGUGUCGCCCCCCCCCCCCCCCCCGGGUGCGUUGGCGAAGGUGGUCAGGAGGAGGGGGAGGCGUUUGGCCGGGUGAAAUACCGGUGGUUCGGGACUGAUCGUCUGGGGACUGUCUGCCAAGGGCAGGACUUGCAAAAUCUCGUCAAUAAAACAGUUUUUAAAAAAAAUA